AAUGAGAAACCAAAUAUCCUCUCUCCUCUCUCCUCUCUCCUCUCUCCUCCGACCAACACAACUCUCCGGCGCUAUCUUUAUCAGAUCUCGGUGUUGUUACGGCGCGUUGCUCAUCACGGUCACCGGAUUCGUACCCGUCUUAUCUCUGGCGAGCCACCAAACCGACUUUCCUUCAAAUUGCCUUAUCACCAGACGGCAUUUAUGACGAAUCUCUAUGAUCUAUCCGCCGCUGGAAGCACCAGUCUCAGAUCCAUCCAGUCACUUGCGGCGGUACGAAAGUCUCUUCAUGUCCUCCGACACCAUCCCCGCAUCCUCAAGGAACCUAUCGUGAUCAACUCUCCAUCAGGGUUCAUCAUUGAGAUCUACUGUACGAGUAGUUGGUAGGGCAAGAGCUCUCCACUCAUCUUCUAUGGAAGUGCUUUAUAGGAGAGAGAGAAAGGGAGAUCAUGAUCUCUGGCUUCCAUGGGGAGGGAGAAUGAUAUUCCAGCUUCCAUUAAUCUGUACAUAGAGCCAACAGGCUCCUUUAAGGAAACCAGAGCCCACUAAGGCUAUAGAGAGAGCACAAUCGGGGGAGAAUGAGUAGAUGAUAGAAUCCCGAACCAAAGUAAUAUCAUCAAGUCAAAGCAGGCCCAGGAUACUGUGUAUAAAUACGAAGCCAUAUAAAACCCUAAGAGACAGCCGAAAGAAACGGAGAUGGAGGAAAUGGAAGAUCUCGCCACCUCUAAAUACGGAAAUGCAGAUCUGCCUUCGACUCGUAAUGCUACGACUAAGAAUGUCUUGGAUCCUGGAUGGGAAUUUGGAGAGCUCCCACUGGCUAUGGAUGCGGAGAAGAAGCCUGUUGCAACUGAUGUUGAUGUUAGUGAGAAGAUAAUGGAGGAGGACGAUCAGUUGUUGAACUUAUCCUCCAGCAACUCGGUUUCGCAAACAGUGUGUGUUGAGAGUCAACUCUCACUUCUAGAUUCCUUCAAGAUCCGGAGAUUUGCUCCAGUUACUUUGUCCAGGGGUGAUCUUGAGAUUAACCCAACAACUAAGGUGUCUUUUUAUAAGACAGUGGCUGAUGAGAGACUUCCCAUUUUAAAAAUGCAUAUCCACAAGGCGUCACCAACAGACAAGUUCGCCAAGUCUAGUGAGGUUCUUACUCCAGAAGAAAGGAUAAAGGGCUUUUGCUAUGGACCUUAUGUUAUUCCUAUAUCACCACAUGAGAUGGAAACCCUCAAGUUCAAAACUGAAGAAAGAAUGAAGCUUCUGGGAUUUACUCAGGGUUCAAACAUAUUGCGACACCGCCACAUGAAAGAUGACCUGAACAUAGUUGUUCCUGAUCCGGGAAAACAAAACUCUGUUAUUGCCGUCUCUGCCAUUGUAAGAGAAAUGAAGCAAGCAAACAAGGUGGCAAUGGUACGUUGUGUCUGGAGAGAUGGACUAGGGAAUGUAGUUGUUGAGGUCCUCACUCCCAUUGUGUCUAAUUUAGAUGACACCCCUGAUUCUUUCAACUUCAACAUGCUACCUUCCGCUGAGGGUGUCUGUGAGUUUCUGUUUCCUUCUUCCAGCAUAUUUCCUGCCUCGUGGAAGCCAGAUGAGCAACAGCAAGCAUUGGCAUAUAAUUUGGUUAAGAUGCUUGACAUCGCACCUUUUGAGAAAGAGGAAUUACUAAAGCCUGAACUUACUCCUAACCCGGUUUUGCAGGCGCUAGCAGAUGUGUACUUCAAGGGUUUAUUGAAGGUUCAAAGAGAGCCCUCUGAUCAAGCUGUCACAAAGUUGCAAUUCGAGUUUGAGAGGCGGGUGAUCAUAAUUGAUGCGGAGAAGCUGAGGGAAGCUUAUCUGCAUGAGGUUAUCAAGGCAAAUGAUGAUUUGGUUCUUGAACGUUACAAGUCUUUUCUCUAUCAGCUUCUCAGUGGCCUCAAAUCUUUACACACAGCUAAUGUCUAUCAUCGGGAUCUGAAACCCAAAAACAUAUUGGGAAAUGCUGAUUGCCAACUCAAGACUUUCUAUUUUCAACUCCCAGGAUUCGCAUUCAUUGAUACAUUAAUUUCAUUAUUCUGCACUGACUAUGUAGCUCUUCGAUGGUACCGUGCUCCAGAAAAGUGUGGAUCAUUUUUAUCAAAGCCUGAUUCUUUCAACUUCAACAUGCUACCUUCUGCUGAGGGUGUCUGUGAGUUUCUGUUUCCUUCUUCCAGCAUAUUUCCUGCCUCGUGGAAGCUAGAAAAGUGUAGAUCAUUGUUAUCAAAGGAAUGUCAGAACCCUCACCUUGUCAUGAAGGAAAUGGAAGCUCUGGCCAUCUCUAGAUACGGAAAUACAGAUCUCCCUUGGACUCGUAGUGCUACGACUGAGGAUGUCUUGGAUCCUGGAUGGGAAUUUGGAGAGCUCCCACUGGCUAUGGAUGCGGAGAAGAAGCCUGUUGCAACUGAUGUUGAUGUUAGUGAGAAGAUAAUGGCGGAGGACGAUCAGUUGUUGAACUUAUCCUCCAGCAACUCGGUUUCGCAAACAGUGUGUGUUGAGAAUCAACUCUCACUUCUAGAUUCCUUCAAGAUCCGGAGAUUUGCUCCAGUUACUUUGUCCAGGGGUGAUCUUGAGAUUAACCCAACAAUUAAGGUGUCUUUUUAUAAGACAGUGGCUGAUGAGAGACUUCCCAUUUUAAAAAUGCAUAUCCACAAGGCGUCACCAACAGACAAGUUCGCCAAGUCUAGUGAGGUUCUUACUCCAGAAGAAAGGAUAAAGGGCUUUUGCUAUGGACCUUAUGUUAUUCCUAUAUCACCACAUGAGAUGGAAACCCUCAAGUUCAAAACUGAAGAAAGAAUGAAGCUUCUGGGAUUUACUCAGGGUUCAAACAUAUUGCGACACCGCCACAUGAAAGAUGACCUGAACAUAGUUGUUCCUGAUCCGGGAAAACAAAACUCUGUUAUUGCCGUCUCUGCCAUUGUAAGAGAAAUGAAGCAAGCAAACAAGGUGGCAAUGCCUGAUUCUUUCAACUUCAACAUGCUACCUUCCGCUGAGGGUGUCUGUGAGUUUCUGUUUCCUUCUUCCAGCAUAUUUCCUGCCUCGUGGAAGCUAGAAAAGUGUAGAUCAUUGUUAUCAAAGGAAUUUCAGAACCCUCACCGUGGCAUGAAGUUGCAUGUGCUUACUGUGGGAUGUGAGCCUGGGUCGGAAUCUAGAGAGCUUGAACUGGGAUCAUCCUCUGAUCAACACGACAUGGAUGUUGAGACUGCUGUUUCUUCGGAUCGUCAAGCUGUGCAUUCAGAGGCAGCAAUGAGGUCUUCAUCAAGGAAAUUGGAGAUGCUGCUUUCGAAUUUUGAAAAGGCUGAAUGGAGUUUAGUGGUGCCUCCUGGUAGAUUUAUUACUGUUGAUCCAGGGCACUGGCUGGUUAUCACUGAAGUCGUUUUCGCUGAUGAUUUCUGUGGGAUUGCCAACUCUGAAGAUGAUCUCUACUUGGGUAUUAAUCAAACCAAAGCGGAGUUCAUCAUUGGCAAACUCAGCUAUGAUGACCAGCUCAGCUAUGCAGACCAGCGUCCAGCUACAGUUGAGUUGUACCUGUCAGAGAAGUUCACGCUUGGGCAUUCUGCCUACUCACCAGUCCGCUUCAGAGGGUACUACCACAAGAAUUACAAGCCGAAUCCUUCAGAAGGAACAAAUCAGCCACAAAAGCCGCCACCAAAUCCGCCACAAUGGCGUCUUCCACUAGACUUAACAGCGCAGGUUAUGUCGAAUCUAUCCAGCUCCGAAGUUGCAAUUGCAGAGUGCGUUUGCAAGUUCUUCAAAGCUGCAGCAAAUCGUCCCCUGUCUUAUCGUCACAUUGAUUUAUGUAAUAAACGAUAUGGAGAAAAUCUGCUUGCACUUAUGUGCAUGAGGAGGGGUCAUGGGAAGGCACAGUCCCUUGCGGUAGGAUUUGAUUUUAGCUCCAAUCAGGUAAAUCUUAGUGGAUUAUACACCAAACGCUUUCUGGAGCCACUCCAAUUAAUUGGGAGGAGUUUGACAAAACUGAAGUUGGUGAAACUAAUGCUUAUCAAUCAUGAGGUUUUAUCAACAGUGUUUGCUGGCUGCCCCAAGCUAACCAACAUCGUGAUUUCUUGUCUACCGCGUAUUCCUCUAGAAUUUGUGAUGCGUAUGGCAGCUUUGCAUUGCAAUGGUGUGAAGCUGUUAGAAUACAAGUGUGACAGUCCAAGUAAUGGAUUGUUGACAGAAGUUGCUGAAGCUACUUUGCAGUUGUUUGUGACAAGUUGCCCAGAGAUCACUGUUCUUGGUCUCUCUGGCGUAGACUUGUCUGACCCGAAAAUUGUUACCAUCUUACUGGGAUUUAAGAAGCUUCUCAGCUUAGAUCUAUCUCAUUCAAAAGGAUUUACAGGGACUUGUUUUGUUGACACCGUGGAGUAUGACCUUUGUCUUAAAGUUUUGUUACUUCGCAGAUGUGAAGAUCUAUUGGAGGUUCAACUUGGAAGGUUUAUUGACCGACUUUCUGGAACAAGAGCCUUCUUUCGCAAGUUGAAGAAGCUGGUUGUAACUGGAGCUGAACACCAUGGUAACUUGCUCCAAGGGUUUGAAACAAGGAUCAAUCUUCAUGGUCUAGUGACUUCAAGAGCUGAUAUGGUCAUUAACAUAAGCUUCGAAAUGCCUGCGGAGGUAGUGUUUGUUCAAGAGGAAUACGAUCAAUUAAUGUUGGAUUCAGCUGAUCCAACAGGAGGACAGAUAUUUGAUGAAUAUGGAUCGGAUGAUGAUGUGAUCUCGUAUGAUGAUGAAGAAGAUGAGGAGGAUGAAGAAGAUGAGGAGGAUGAAGAAGAUGACGAGGAUAACGAGGAUAAUGAGGAUGAUGAGGAUGAUGACGAGGUGCAUGGUGAUGAGGAAAAUAAUGUUGAUGAUGACACAGAUAUGACUGGUUGUGGAAAUCGCAGGAGACUUAGACUCAUUUACUGGGGAAACUAAAUGUUGAGAUGAUUUCUGUGUUUUUUUUUUUGUUUUUUCUGUUUAGGACUGGGUAAUGGAGUAUUCAAGUAAGGAAUGUAAAAGAAUUUAAAUGAAUUAAAGGUUCUGUUAAAAGUAUUUUGACGACU